GUUUAAUUGGUCCAGAUCGUGCAGCUCUUGGUUCCCUGAACAACAAAUACACGUGUCUGAUGAGUGAGGUUCUGAGAGAGAAAAAACAACAACAACAACAAAAAACGGACAGUUUAUUUGUCUAAGUUUAUUUAUUUAUUUUGARMAGGAACACCUACCUUUCUACAAGAWAAYUGGAAGAUGUGGAGCAGAGUUUGGAGCAUCUACACAUUAGAACUCUGAGGAGUGAAGUGGAGCUGUGCUAGAAUGGAAAUUAGAAAACAGAAGACAGAGGAGUAGAGACCUGUUGGCACAAGUUGUUCUUUUUUUAUUUUAAGUUGCUUUUUAGAWAAAUCAGGAUGAAACCUCAGGACCUGAUCAGGGAAAAGAGCAACCUCUGGAUAUUUGGUUAUGGCUCCUUGGUGUGGAAACCAGGCUUUGCUUAUAAAAGAAGCAAAGUUGGUUACAUUAAAGGAUACAAGCGAAGAUUCUGGCACGGAGAUGAUUUUCACCGAGGCGACAAGGAAAAGCCGGGMAGAGUUGUCACACUCGUAGCAGAUCAGGAGGCGUGUACGUGGGGCGUCGCCUACGAGGUGCCCUGGUCCCAGGUGGAACAGUCCCUUCAGUAUCUGAACGUGAGGGAAGUUUUGCUGGGGGGCUACGCCACGGAGAUGGUGGAGUUCAUCCCCAAAGAGACGAGCCAGGACCCCCUGCUGGCGCUGGUCUACAUCGCCACCUCGGACAACCCCAUCUACCUCGGCCCGGCGUCGGACAAGGAGAUCGCCGCCCAGAUCUCCAUCUGCAGCGGCAACACGGGCCACAACACCGAGUACCUGCUCCGGCUCGCAGAGUUCAUGAGGCUCCGCUGUCCCGAGGUGGACGACGAGCACCUUUUUGCUAUUGAGGCAGCUGUAAUGAAGAUUUUCCACAACUGUGGAGGGAUCGAACUCCAAGACCGAAACUCCAUGGGAGCUCUGUGAAGGCCUGCACACGUCACUUCUAUAAAUGCUAAAGGGAAAGACGUCCUGGAGCUUUUUUUCAGUUUCACGUAAAAGUAWUGCUCAUGAUUACAGUUGAGGCGUUUUUAUUUUUCUUGGGACAGAGACUUGUGAGACAAACCGAAGCUUGUGAUGCUUUAAAACAAUCACACUAAAAGAACAUUUUUAAAACAUUUUGCUUUAAAGUGUAUUUUUUAUGUAUUUGAAUAAAAACAUCAGAAAGAGGAA